CGGUGCAGGUCUCUUGGAAGACUGGAAUAAUCAAUGUCAGACUGUCAGUUUGUGAUUGUGCAGCCUAGUAAAGUGGCUAGUGCAGCCUGCGUGACAACACGCGUCUUUCAGUCACCACUACAGUUUGUUGUUGCCUGACAAAAUAUGUCGGAUUUUGAGGAAUUCGAAAAACAGCUGAGCGAGAAUCGACAAGAGAGGGAGAAGGAGAGGCACAAGAAGAGGAGUGGUAGUGGUUCUCCGAGCCACAGCGAUAAGCGUCGCAGCUGGAGCCGUAGCAGGGAGAAGAACAGCCGGAGCAGAGACAGGAGGAGCAGCGAGCGCAGCUCCUCACGAGACCACAAGAAGCACAGCUACUCUCCCAGGAGAACCAAGAAGAAACGGACCUGCAAGUACUGGGAUGUCCCUCCCCCUGGCUUUGAACACAUCACACCCCUGCAAUACAAAGCAAUGCAAGCGGCGGGGCAGAUCCCCACCAUCGCCCUGCUGGCCCCCUCCACCACUGCGGGCGUGGCCGUCACCCCCACACAGGUGCCCAUCGUGGGGAGCCAGAUGACCAGGCAAGCACGCCGGCUCUACGUUGGAAACAUCCCCUUUGGAGUGACAGAGGAGUCCAUGGCAGAGUUCUUCAACGCCCAGAUGCGCCUGGCUGGCCUGUCCCAAGCCCCCAGCAACCCAGUGCUGGCUGUGCAGAUCAACCAGGACAAGAACUUCGCCUUCCUCGAGUUCCGGUCCGUGGAUGAGACCACCCAGGCCAUGGCGUUCGAUGGCAUCAUCUUCCAGGGUCAGUCUCUGAAGAUCCGCCGUCCCCAUGACUACAGACCCCUGCCUGGGAUCUCCGAACAGCCAGCUUUCCAUGUCCCAGGUGUGGUGUCCACAGUGGUCCCUGACUCCCCGCACAAACUGUUCAUCGGCGGCCUACCUAACUAUCUCAAUGAUGACCAGGUGAAGGAGCUGCUGACAUCCUUUGGGCCUCUCAAAGCCUUCAACCUGGUGAAGGACAGUGCCACGUCGCUGUCCAAGGGAUACGCCUUCUGUGAAUACGUCGACGUCAGUGCCACUGACCAGGCAGUAGCAGGUCUAAAUGGGAUGCAGCUGGGAGAUAAGAAGCUAAUCGUCCAGAGAGCCAGCGUGGGAGCCAAGAACUCCAACCCUGCGGCGGUCAUCGAGGCCCCGGUGACGCUGCAGGUGCCUGGGCUGCAGCGUCUGCAGACGUCGGGCGUGCCCACGGAGGUGCUGUGCCUGCUCAACAUGGUGAUGCCCGAGGAUCUGGUGGAGGACGAGGACUACGAGGAGAUCCUGGAGGACGUCCGGGACGAGUGCUGCAAGUACGGCGGCGUGCGCUCCAUCCAGAUCCCCCGGCCCCUGGAGGGCGUGGACGUGGCGGGCUGCGGCAAGAUCUUUGUAGAGUACGUGUCUGCAGCUGACUGUCAGAAGGCUAUGCAGGCCCUCACAGGAAGGAAGUUCGCCAACAGAGUGGUGGUCACAAAAUACUACGACCCUGACAUGUACCAUCGACAUGAGUUCUGAUUCUGCGCUGACGCUAGGACAAAACGAGGGAGAGAGAGGGGGAGGGAGGGAGGGAGAGAGAGAG